AUGAAAUCAACUGUUUUCGUCGCCAGUCUCCUGGCCUCGCUUGCUGCUGCGCAGCCUCAUGGCCACGGCCACGGCCACCACCACCGCAAGAGGGGCCACAACCAUCAACAUGCCGAACGCGGCGUCAUCGUGGUCUGGGAGACUACCACCGUCGUCGAGACCGUGACCGCCCUCGUCGAUGGAACCACCACCGAGAUUAUCAAGCCCACCAAGAAGUCACUUGCUUCCACCACCUCAGCCGCGGCCGCGUCUCCGGAUCCCAGCCCUGGCGUCUUUGUCCCCCAUCCCGACAAGAGUCCCAAGAAGCCCAAGAGCUCGGCCUCGUCGACAUCCGUGGCCCCCCCUCCGCCGCCUCCUGUGGUCCAGGCUCCCCCCCCGCCUCCUCCGCCUCCGCCUACCUUGGACCCGAUUCCGAUCCCGGUGCCUACGAGCGUUAUCGUGAUUCCGUCUCCCAGCCCCCCUCCUCCGCCCCCACCUCCCCCUCCGCCGCCGCCGCCGGCCGAGACACAGCCAAGCGACGGUGGCAGCGGGGGUGGCGGCCCCAGCGGCGCGUCUUACACCGGUGACCUGACCUACUUUGCACUGGGCUUGGGCUCGUGCGGCCUCGACGACAGCAACAUGGACUUGGUACACAACGUUGUAGCCGUGUCCGCGCAGCUGAUGGGCGCGCAAUCCAACGGCAACCCCAUGUGUGGCAAGACUAUCACCAUCAAGGCCAAUGGAAAGACAACUACCGCCGUUGUGCACGACAAAUGCCCAGAAUGCGCGCCGGGUGAUAUUGACGGUUCCGAGAAGCUGUUCAACGAGAUCUUUGGGUCGCUCACAGUCGGCCGGGGGACGAUCGAGUGGUGGUUCAACGAUUAA